CCGGUAGCAAGCCUUAAUUCUCUCGUGCUGCACGCGACAAGAGCGCUUUGGGAGACAUCGUGGUUAUAGAGUCCUUGAUAUGGACAGGGAAUGUCAACAGGUACGGCGAGGUCGACGUCAACGGUGGUAUCCCUUGGCACCAGCUCAUGGCAGGAGCCCGAAAUCCUUGCAUCGCUCAUCCCCAGCAAAUACAAGCCUUAAUCGACUCGAUCUAACUGCUUUGCUAAAUUCGACGCCCCAUGUCAGGUACAUGCAGCUGCCAAUGAGAAGGCCUGUGGAGCUGGUGUCAGCCCUUGCCAGGGUCUCCCUCACUUCCAGCCCGCCGACACCAGAUCCGCCCGCAGCCCUGACUAUGUUCUAGCGCUGGAAGUCACCUCGUUGUGGGCAGUUCACGUCAGUAACGUUAGUCGAGCCUGUUUCCUAUUCGUGAAUCAUGAUCCCAAGGCCCUGUCGUGGAUUGCGGUGGGUACUACAACUCCCUUGGCCGGGUCCCGAGGCAGCUCAUGCCAGCUGCUUGCGCUCCACUUGUUUCCUGCAGGCUGUAGCUAUCGCGCGCAGCGGUUUGGAACGAAGGAUAUCUUGAUCCCGAGAUCUAUUGUCGACCUAUAAUGGAUAAACAUUCUAGUUCGGCUGCUUCGCCCUCCCGGACGUCGUUCCAGACUUGACCCAUCGACCUGCCUAACAGUUAUAAACGUUUACUCGUGGCCUUGGUGCAUAUCAGGUCAUUGGGACCUUGCCCCUCUUCAGACUUACCGGCGCAAAUGUUGCAUGCCUACUCGCGUGUCUUUUAAUUUCACAGUCGUUUGCUAAACCUAUCUACAUCAGAAGGUUGAACAUCAAGUCCUCUUUACCAUCGGCAUUCUUUGUCUCCUACCACAAGUUUAAAAUCCGAGCCUGUGUGUCGAUUUGCGUUGAUCGACAAGACAGUUAUACAUGUCAUGAUUUGGCUCUGAUUCUCUGAACGCUUCAUUUCAGCAUUCUUUCAAAGGCAUAUGCGACGUACCCCCUUCUGCAAGACUGCUCACGACUGUUGUUGCAGUACGCCUUCUUUCUGUUGGAUCAUACCAUUUGACAACCACUGUCGGUUUACUACUCGUUCUCUCCACAGAGCUCAUAGCCAUUGAUUGGCUCCACGCAAAGUUCCACCGACAGGACGACUUCGAUAGAUUGAUUUCACUCCUCAUCGCGAUCAUUCUCUCCACAAGCAAAAUGAUUGACUGCAAACCUGUAGAGCCUAUGCAUACAGAGCAGUGGAUGUCCUCUGUAGAAAGCACUCACUUCGAAGCCAUUGCCUCACAGUCAAUAGACCUAGCCGAGAAUUAUCACUUAAGGUUUGGCCUGGAAGAUCAAGGGCAGCAGAAUGGUCAACAAGCUCUUCCUCAGACUGAAGCCGAUAGAAGUUCUCUGUCUGGUCAUAAAAGAUACUUAUCCUUUCCAUUGAGUACGCUGGAGACGAAGCAAUUAGCACCUUUUUCUUGCUCAAGUGCUGUCUCUCCUCCCCUGCAUCACUUCUCGGAUCCUAGCAUACCAAAUGAUAGCUCGUCUGGUUCAUCAGGAAACGGAUUAACUGGCGAUCCUUUGUCUAGAGGCCCCGAGUUAGACAAACAGAGGGCAGUUAAAGAGGAGUCUCAAGCCAUUGAUGACGCAGGAUGCUUCUCCGAGAAUGAAGAUGUUGAAGGCUGCAAGGAGGACCGACCAUUGACUGCGGCGGAAAUCCGUGCGGAAAAGAGGAAGAUGAAGCGGUUUCGCUUGACACAUCAGCAAACAAGAUAUCUAAUGAGCGAAUUUGCUCGACAAGCACAUCCGGACGCAGCGCAGAGAGAACGAUUGGCGCGAAAUAUCCCUGGACUGAGCUCUAGGCAGGUCCAAGUUUGGUUUCAGAACAGGCGUGCCAAGUUGAAGCGUGUGGCUCAGGACGAUCGUGAGCAUAUUGUCCAAUCUCGGGCAUUACCAGACGAUUUCGACAUGACCCAGGCUUUACGAUCACCUUUUGAUGGCUCUCAAUACAGCAUGUCGUUUGUUAACAAUCCGAACGGCUCUCAGGCACAUGCGAGAAAAGAUAGCGCGAUCGAUACUCGAUCUGGCUCCGAGGUUCAAAGAAGCGGCGCACAAAUGAAAUCAACUUGCCUUAACGCGCAGAGUGGAAGCCCCAUGUUCUCGCCUCCGCUUUCUGCUUUUGGGCCGUCUUCUCCAUUCCAAUCGUCCACGUUCUGCAGCCCGUUUGAGGCGCAAUCUCCACAAUUCAGCGCCAAACCGGCCCUGAAUAACAUCUCGGAAUACAUGGCCUCAACUUUUCCACCUCGUCCACCGGUCGUAAAUCGUGAACGUGCCUCCUCGGAUAUUUCGGGCACUUUCGUCACUACUUCAUCUCCUGUGACACCAAAGAGUGUGGAUCUAAAUGGAAGCCCCUACGGCUUGGGCUUCUCAUUUGCAAAUAUUCCAGGUUUCCAAGUCAAUUCUAACCUCAGCGCCCGUAGCCAGUCAAGACACCCAGGCAAAGUCUUGAUACCACGAAAGGGCUGUGUCCUUGAUGUACAGUCUACGCAAACGCCAUGCUUGUCCGCGAGUAUGGUGUCUCAUGCUUCACCGACGGUAUCUUACUCAAUGCUAAGUGCUCCACCAGGUGUCACAUCGUUUCCGCAAUUCAUGCAGUAAGCGCUGGGAAUCUACACGUCCAAGGCAGGACCAAUUCAGUGCAACUGAAGAAAUCAUUGUAUCAAAUAGUCAUAUUGUCGAGCCAUCCAAGGGUAAGGCUUCGGCAGUUGCAAUAGGAAGAGUUUUGUAAAAGUGGCGCAUGUACAUUAGGCUAGAAGACAAGGUAUUUGCCAGCCAG